AUGGGCCACUCCCAUUCGUAUUCCUACUCCGACGGCUUUGCAUCCGACGAGGCGGAUGUUAAGGCGGGCGCGGGGCCCUGCGGGAAGCGCGGGGGGAACUACGCGUCCGCGCACUACAAGCGCGGCGCAGGCGGCGCAAGCUUCCCCGCCGCCUUGGGGUCCAGCGGGCGCAGCGGGCGCCUGGAAGUGGAGUCGGCGGCGGCAGCGGCUGUGGCGGCCAUAGCGGGAUCCGGCGCAGCGGCUUCCGCGGGUUCCGCGCAAUCGUCUCAGCCGUCGCAGGCGUCGUCCGCGCGGCACGGCGGGUCCGCACGGCGCUCGAUGCGCAUGGCGGCACGCCGAGAGCAGGGGAACGCGGGGGCAGGCGGAGUAGGAAUGCGGCGGAUUGCGGAGGAGGAGCGGGAGGAUGGCGGAGCGGGUGUCGGGGCGAGUGCGGGCGGAGGGGCGGAAAUCGUGGGAAUUUGGGGAGGGGUCGAGGCGGAGGCAGGCACAGCAUCGGCGGGCAUUGCGGGAGGAUCCGCGGGCCAGAUGCAAGUUCCGCUUUCCGCCAACGCGCAGGGACACGCGCACGCGCACGGGCACGGAACACAGCCGACCGCACUCAGGGAAGGGCUGACCGCGACUCACGACGACCCCACCACGGCCCUGAAUUCAACGGGAACGGCGGCGGGAAGAGUGGAUAGGAAUGGGGAUGGGGACGGGGACGGGGAUAGCUCGUCAGCAGCAGCAGAGGAUGGUACGGCGUCGGUGGGGAGCAGGGAGGUGGGUCCUGGGGUAGGGCUUUCCGCUGCUGCGUGGAGAGACGCUGCGUUUGCAGCGGACGACCGAACCUACACCUCAGGCUCGGACAGCGACUAUCCCGGAGCUCCGAGCUCGCGCCGGGAGCUCUGGAUGGCCCCGGACUGGCAGACCCGGUCCGGGGAAGCUGCUGCUGCCGCUGCUGCUGCUGCCGGUUCUGCUGGUGCUUCUGCUGGUGUGGGAACCGGUGGUGGUGGUGCUGGGGUGGGUGUGACUGUAACGGGAAGGACUGUAGGGGGCACUGCUGCCAGGCCGGGAAGGCAGGAAGGGGGAGGCAUGGGCGGAACGGGGGGGAGAGUUGGGGGAGGAGCAGGGGGAGCAGGGACAGGCGCAGGCGCAGGCGCAGGCGCGGGGGGGAGGGGGACUGGGGGAGCAGGAGCUGGGGGAAGGGGAGGGGCGGAGAGGGGCAGAGGUGGAGGCGGAGGAGAAAGCGGGGAAGGAUCAUCAGGGGGAGGCGAAGGGGGAGGGGGAGGAGGGGGAGGCGGAGGAGGAGGGGGAGGAGGAGGAGGAGGAGGAGACGGAGGAGGAAUAGGAGGAUCAAUGGUGGGUGGUAGAGCACAGGGCAUGGGUGCUAAGGCGGCUGCUCUGGCAGGUGGGGGGGGGGCGAGUGUGGGGGAGGAAGGGUCGGAGAGGGAGGGGGGGGCGAGCGCAGCAGGGGAGGAGGUGGGGGGGUACUCUCCGGACGAGGAGGAUAGUGUGGAGGGGCAGAGGCGGAAGGUGAAGGGACGCGUGAGGAGGAAGGCAGGAGAUGCGCGGAGGGCAGAGGACAUGGCUGCACGGCAGUCGGAUGAUGACUCGGGGAUUGAUUGA